GUCAUUUCCGACGAGAAGACCACCCGCCGAUAAAGCCGCUCCACCCACUCCACGCUCCCUCUCCUCCGCCGUCGCCUCUCCGCUUUACCCAUCUUUGUCCGCCGUCGCGGUCGCCUCCCGGUCCGAACAGCCUCCGACUCCGAUGGCCAGCCGCUGGGUCCGACCCGAGGUAUACCCGCUGUUCGCGGCGAUGGGCGUGGCCGUCGGCAUCUGCGGGAUGCAGCUCUACCGGAACAUCACCAGCAACCCUGAAGUCAGGGUUAACAAGGCAGGGAGGGCAGCCGGUGUUCUCGAGAACCACGAGGAAGGGAGGCGUUACGCUAUGCACAGCCUCAGAAGCUUUGUGCACGACAAGACCCCUGAGAUCAUGCCAGCCAUCAACAAGUUCUUCACUGAGCCAAAGUGAAGCAAAAUUGGCUGGUGUUGCUAUGCUAUUAUUCAGUAUUGUGGAUUGUACCCAUUUCAGGCAUUCCGUAUGUUGUGUCGUCCAUAAACUGGAGGACAUCAGAUACCUCUUAUUCAAAGUACCAUAUGUGUGAUGUUUGAUGACAUGCUAUCAGUCUGAUGAUCUUUGAGGGUUACAGCAUUGUUCUGUUUAAUGUUCA